CAAAUGUCUUCCCAUGGAUGUAUACUUGUAAUUUAAACUGAUCCAUUGAACAUUAAACCCAAACAAGCAGCAAGAUCAAUCAGUGUUUCACUCGCAAGAUGAUUGUAUUUCUUAUCUUUCUCUCAAGCGUCUUUACGUCAGACGGGCAAGCAGUGAGAAAGUUGGAAGGAGUCAACAAGUCGGUUGUGUGCAUAAAAAGCAGCAAGGCUUUUGGACUUACCAUAGUACAGGGAGAGCACGGGAAUCCUGGCUCGCCUGGACCGCAGGGUGACCAGGGUGAAAGAGGAUAUCCUGGAUAUACUUCUUUCAAUUUUUACGAAUUUCAAGGUCCACGAGGAUCUGAUGGGGCUUCAGGACGUGAUGGAGAAAUGGGUGAAAAAGGACAACGUGGUCACAAGGGCUCACGUGGUGCACCUGGAGAGGACGGGUUUAAUGGACCAAAGGGGCAUAGUGGCGAAACUGGUCCGAUAGGUCAGAAGGGUGUACGUGGUGAACCGGGAGAAACGGGAAAUGAUGGUGAAGAUGGUGAACCAGGACCUGAUGGACUUACACGCGAAGAGACAGAGCUAAUCACGAAUGCGUUGAUUCAUUCGUUAAAUGACUACCAAGUUAAAGAAAAUGGCUACUACAAUGACAUCUAUCACGUGACUUCACGCGAUUUGACUGAUGGCAGAUCAGACACGGGUGGUUGGGGAAGUGAAACGGCAAAGACUGGGAACUAUGUUCAAGCUACUUUUGUUCGUCCGGUGUUUGUCACAUCUGUCACAGUGGCAGGAGGCUUUAUACCAUCUUGGCGUCAUAACGUCAGACACGGAUAUGGAAAUUUAAACCUCCAAUACUCUACUGAUGGAAGAAACUGGGCAACGUGUGCCACUUUCCCUUCACCUGUGAUGCAGAAAUUGGUGACGGUGAAUUUUGAUCCUUUGAUAGCUCAAUAUUGGCGCCUGAUAUCAACAGAAGAUAAAUGGGUUGGAACAACUGAGUUUGCUUUGAAACCUUUGUUGAAGGCAUGAACUUUGGGAUUGCGUUUUAAUCAUUAUUUUUUUCAAAUAUUUUUUCAUUUACAAAAUUUAGUAAUUUUUAGAAAAUAUCAAGUAUCCUAAAACAAAGAAUACUCCAAUUAUAUAUCCUCCUAUAUGCCUAGCUUUCUCUCUUUUUUCCAUUUAGAAGCAUGCGUUAGCAAUGGCACAUAUUUCUUGCUUGCAGUGGCGUAGCCAGCAUCGAUAA